AUGUCCAUUCUCGAACCGUCCAUACCGCCUGCAAAACUCGCUACAUCGCCCAGCCUCGAAAACUCGAAGUUCUCCGUCCUAGACCUCCAUAUGCUUCAGGACGUGCUGCUGGCUUACAAACUGCCCUUGGCUGUUAUAGCACAUGUGGAUCUUAAUGCUUUCUAUGCUCAGUGUGAGCAGAUUCGGUUGGGUAAGUCGAUCGACGACCCGGUGGUUUGUGCCCAAUGGCAGUCGCUUAUUGCUGUUUCGUAUGCUGCUAGGAAGUAUGGGAUAGGCAGGAUGGAUACGCUUCAGUCUGCGAUGCAGAAAUGUCCUGAUUUGGUGGUGGGGCAUGCUGCUGUGUUUAAGAAAGGUGAUUCUCAUUGGCAGUACUUGAACGGGUUGCCGGAUCAGGGCAUACAUAAGGUUUCUUUGGAUCCGUAUAGAAGAGAGCUGAGGAAGAUCUUUAAGGUGUUGCUGAGGGAAUGUGAUUCUACUGAGAAGGCCAGUGUGGAUGAGUGUUACCUUGACUUGAGCCGCUUGGUGCUUGCAGAGGCGAGGGAACGGUUUCCUGUGUUGAAUAAGGCGUUUGAAGAGGGGGUACUGACGCUGGAGGAGCUACCGACGGUGCCUGGCCUUGAAGAUUCGGGCUACGAAGGUCUCAGCUGGCUGGGACGUAUUUAUGAGGAUGAUAUCGAGGCCAGGGAAGCCGAGGCGGCGUUGGAAAAGCCUGUGGAUGCUUCAAAGAGAGAUAAUUGUACGGUUCCACCGCAAAUUGCCGAUUGGGAUGAUGUUUUUAUGUUGAUUGGAAGCAUGCACCUUUGCAGAAUCCGCCAGUGUGUUUACGAUGAGCUUUCUUUUACGACGUCGGGCGGAUUAUCUUCUACGAAAACGCUUGCAAAGCUUGCUGGUGGGUUUAAUAAACCCGAUUUCCAAACGAUCAUCCGUCCUUCGCUGAUUUAUACGUUUCUUAAGAACUUUGAAUUGUCUGAUUUUACGCUUAUGGGUGGAAAGACAGGCGAGGUUAUUGUUGAAAAACUCGGUGUGCCUCCAGAACAGAAUUCCAUCACUUACAUUCGUGAUAACUUUUCCUUGGGUGAAAUGAAACAGGCAAUGCAUUCGGACGAACAGCUCAUGGAAAAGGUUUAUGAGCUUGUGAGGGGCGUACAUCAUCAGGAAAUGAAGCCUCGUACAGUUGUCAAGUCCAUGAUGUCAAGGAAGAACUUCCUACCGAGAAAACCAGUCAAGACGUUUGGAGAUGCCUACGACUGGAUCAAAGUUUACGUGGGUGAUAUCUACGGACGAUUGAUUGAGCUUGACGACGAGAAUAUGAACUUAUCCAUGCUGCAGACCGCUGAUGAUAAGAACAAGCGGUUUAUUUAUCGACCUCGUACCGCCAGUGUUCAGAUCACUACGCAGCUGUGGCUGAAACACUCAAAACAGACACUGUUUCCGGUUUUGAAGUCGCUUGAUAAACUAAGGCAUUCGUUGGAAAUUACUGGCUUUAAAUUGCUUUCUGAGCUUUUGGACGGAACCAAAGCUGCCGAGAUGAACCCGCUGAUCAACUUCAAAGAGCUUAGGCCUACCGAUAAGCACGAUUUUUCAAAGAUCGCCAUUCCUUCACUCGCCAAUAUGGGCUUGGUAAUUACGAAUUUCGUUAAAACGUCAGAUGCAAACUUGAUUGAUUCUUAUGGAGGGUCUACAACGGCUGAAAUACCCACUCAGGAAGCUAUCAGACAGGCAUUUGAAAAGGCAGAAGAGUAUAAGCCAAAAGUGGUGCCGCCGCCAGCUCCUCCUCCGCCCAAAGUAAAGAAGAAAACCGACUUGUCAUAUGUCAAGAAGCUCUUUGACGAUUACCAUAAGGAAGCUGACCAUAAAGAGGUCGAGCCACCAAAACCAGCAAAACCUGUUUCUACGUUCAAAGAAAAUAAGGAGUACGUGGAGAAGCUUUUCAGUGAUUACAAGCAGUCCAGUCCAACCCCAGUCAACCACCAAAUCAGCAUAAAGCAGGCCUCACGUUCUGCCUCACCAGACGAAGCUGAUGCCCCCAAGAAACUGUCUGACCCGCUACUCAAAGAGCUCAUAAAGAACCGUUUCUGCUCCCUCUGCAACGUCUCUGUAGAAGACGUUUUCGAGCAUAAAGACUACCAUGUCGCCAUUGAACUCUCGCUGAAGCUCAAUGGAGACCAACAACCUGCGGCGCAGGCGCCAAAGGCCACACCCAAAACGCCACUGGUUUCGCCCAAGAAACCAAAAUCUCGACCAAAGAAGAAACAAAGACUCGAUAAGGGCCAAACCCAGCUUCCUUUCUGA